AGCCUGACAGCUGUAAUCGUUGUUCCGCGUGCGAACCCAACGUGUUUUGUCGGUGUUUAGCUAAACAAUAAAAUCAACAGAUUGUAUUAAUAAGUUGUAGACAUGCAGAAGCAAAAACCUAAAGGUGCUGGCAAGCCAGGACCACGUCCACCCAAACAGGGCAAUCACAAAUCAGGCGGAAAACCACAGCAUCAAUUCAAGCAGAAGCGCUCCAAAGAAUUUGCCAUCUCGAAAUUGGCAGCAACAGAUGCAGAAAUUGCCGAAUUACGUGCAAAAUACGCUGACAUCGAUGCUGGCAGCAUUAAAACCUUUUCAGAUUUUCCAUUCUCACAAAAGACUAAACGAGCGCUCACCGAAUCCAAAUACACAGUGCCCACGGAAGUGCAACGUCAAAGUAUUGGACCCGCUUUGCAAGGCAAAGAUGUGCUUGGGGCUGCAAUAACGGGCAGCGGCAAAACGUUGGCUUUCCUCUUGCCGGUGCUGGAGCAUUUGUAUAUGCAGAAAUGGUCCCGAACUGACGGUGUCGGUGCCAUCAUCAUUUCACCCACACGUGAGCUGGCGUAUCAGAUCUUUGAGACACUGAAAAAGGUGGGCAAGCAUCACGACUUCUCCGCCGGCCUUAUAAUUGGUGGCAAAAACUUGAAAUUCGAACGCACACGCAUGGAUCAAUGCAACAUCUUGAUUUGUACGCCCGGCCGAUUGCUGCAGCACAUGGACGAGAAUCCGCUGUUCAAUACCACAACCAUGGAGAUGCUGGUGCUCGAUGAAGCCGAUCGUUGUCUAGAUAUGGGAUUCGAAAAGUGUCUCAACUCUAUACUGGAGAACUUUCCGCCCGAGCGUCAAACGCUGCUGUUCUCAGCCACACAAACGAAUUCACUCGCUGACCUGGCCCGACUGAAUCUUAAGGAGCCCGUCUAUGUGGGCUACGAGCAGGCAUCCAAGCAGACCUCAUCGAAAGCUCUCCUUGCCCUGCCGGAGCUGCUGCAGCAGAGCUAUGUGGUGUUGCCGCUGGAGGAGAAGAUCACCAUGUUGUGGUCGUUCAUCAAGAAUCAUCUGAAGCAAAAGAUCAUUGUGUUCGUUGCCAGCUGCAAACAGGCCAAAUAUCUCUACGAGAUCUUUUGUAAACUGCGUCCGGGCGUUGGUCUCCUGGCGCUCUACGGCACUCUGCAUCAGGAUCGUCGCAUUGCCAUCUACGAGGAUUUCUUGCGCAAAAGUCAUGUCGUGAUGUUUGCCACCGAUGUGGCGUCGCGUGGAUUGGACUUUCCAGCUGUCAAUUGGGUGCUGCAACUCGAUUGUCCCGAGGAUGUGGCGCAGUACAUUCAUCGAGCCGGACGCUCGGCACGCAACAAAACGCGCGGCGAGUGUUUGCUGGUGUUGACGCCCAACGAGGAGAAGCAUAUGAUUGAUGCCCUGCAAGAGCAGUUGAAUCUGAGCAUACGCAACGUACAGAUCGAUCCCAAGAAGCUGUUCUCGCCACGCGUCAAGAUCGAGGCAUUCUUGGCGCAGUUCCCAGAGUUGCGUGCCUCGGCGCAACGUGCGUUCCUCUCCUAUCUAAAGUCUGUGUUCCUGAUGCGCAACAAGCGGCUGUUCAAUGUUGCCAGCUUGAAUCUGGAUGCGUAUGCUCAAUCCUUGGGUUUGGCGGUGACGCCGCGUGUGCCUUUCAUACGUCAUCACUGGCUGCAGAAGCAAAAGGAGCUGCUGCAGCAGCAGGGAGAAAAGAAGGACGAGGACGAAGACGAAGACGUCGAAGUGGAGCAGCAGAAGCAACAGCAGCUCUCAAACUUUGCCUCCGACAGUGAAGAGAGUGGCGACGAGGACGAUGACUUCAUCAAGAUCAAGCGACGCGAUCACGACGUGGAAGGUGCUCCUGUGGACUUGUCUGCCUUGGACGCCGUUCGGAGAGCAACUGGAGAUGAGGAUGAGGAGGAGACACCGCUGGUGGUGCCCAAACGUGAAUCGAAGCUGGUGACAAAGGCAGCGCUGGCAAAGAAGGCGCUGAAAAAGCAACUACAAGUGAACUCCAAGCUGAAGUUCGAUGACGAAGGCGAAACGCUGGCAGAUGAACGAAAUCAAAUGAAGGCGCUGGCCACGAACAAAAGCCAGCAGGAUGACGACGGCGGCAUCAAUUUGAUGCUGUCCAAGGCGCUGCUCAAUGAGGAGGAUCAGUAUGAUAAACAGCGAUUCCGCGAGCUCGUGAAAAAGCGUCACAAACUGCAGCGCGAAAAGUUGCGCAAAAAGGUCGAGGAGCAGAAGAGUGACGGCGAAGAUGAGAAUGAGGAGGAACAGGAUGAGAUGGCUGUGGACAACGAGAGCGAGAAUUCUGUGGAUCUUAGCUGGUUGCCUGAUCCCGACAAGAUCUACAACAAGAAACCUGGCAGCGGAGUUGAGAAGCAACAGUCAGCUGAUGAGCAGGAUGAUGUGGAGGAUGACGAUAACGAUGAUGACAACGAUAGCGGCAGCGAUGACGAUAACGAUGAGCCAGCGUUUAAGAAAUCACGUAUCACACAACGAUUAACGUUACUCGACACGGAAGCCAUUGCAGCCAAUUUGUUGGCCAGCUAA